AUGCUUAGCGGAAAGCUUUUUAGAGCUAGCACGAGCUCCGGCGUUCGAUGCCUGUCGACGUCGGCAGUUCGUGCCAGCAGCAGGACCCCGUCCAUGGGCGACAUCAACCCUACCCACGAAAGCGUCGAAGAGUUCAAUCAAAGGCAAAAGCAGUUCCGGGAGAAGCUCAUAGAGGCGAGGAAGUUGCGAGAUGCAGGUGCGUUGAAGCAUCAGUUACCCCCCCAUGACGCCGAAGAUGAGGAGCAUAUUCCUGGUCUCACCACCCAGGGCCUCGGCUCACUAAGUACCGCUGCUACAGAGAAAGCUGCGGAGCUCGCUCAGAAGGAGUCGCACCGAAAGUCGGGUCGCUUGACCAACCUUAUUUACGGUACUAAGGAGGGCAGGGAGAUGGACGCCCAGAUCGAGGCCAGCUUCAGCGCUGUUCUGGCCCGAGGCAAAUACGUCCACUCCAUUGUCUUUCACGAGGUUUACCCUGACAAGGUUGACGAAUAUGUUGAGCUCGUCGGCAAAUGGUACCCCAAGAUGGCCGGCGUGGAGAAUAACAAGGUUCACCUGGUCGGAAGCUGGAGGACUGAAGUUGGCGAUUGCGAUACCUUUGUCCACAUUUGGGAAUAUCAGCGAUAUCAAGGAUACCACGAAUCUCGACACCUCAUCGCGUCCCACCCCGAGUACCCCGCUUUCAAAGAGAAGCUUCGAACCUUGAUCAAAAGCCAGAAUACCUCGCUCAUGCAGGAGUUCUCCUUCUGGCCCACGACCCCUCCCCGAAAGCUCGGCGGCGUGUUCGAGCUCCGAUCGUAUACCCUGCACCCCGGCAACCUGCUUGAGUGGGAGACCCACUGGCGACGUGGUCUCAAGGCUCGUCGUGAGGUCAUGGAGGGUGUCGGCGCCUGGUUCGUGCAGAUUGGCGACCUCAACACGGUCCACCACCUCUGGCAGUUUGCCAACCUUGAGGAACGCAAGGUCCGCCGUGAGCAGAGUUGGAGCAUAGAAGGCUGGAGCGAGACGGUUCACAAGACUGUUCCUUUGAUCCAGACGAUGAAGUCUAGGAUCUUGAUCCCUAUGCCGUGGUCGCCCGUUUCUUAA